UCAAUUACCAAACGCGUUUGUAGUUUAUAUUUUUUUAAAAAUAAACAAAAAUCGAUUUAUAAAAUUUUUAUAAACGUAAACUAAUAACGUAACCGUUACUAAACACACCCUUUCCAAUUAAAAAAAUGGGGCAAAGAGUAAUUUACCCAAUUUUUAUCAGGACAGAGAAAGGCAGUAGAGAGCAGAACAUAUAGUAGUGAUAAUGGAGAGCAUUCAACGAUUCACUCACCAUCUCCUUCCCAUGCCCAUCUCCAGAAAAUGCUUCAAAACCCCAACAAACUUUCCAUUUCAGAGAACGCCACUAACCCGCUUUCAUCAAACCCUAAAUACCAUCUUUAAAUCCGAAUUCUAUUCCCCUAAACCCAUUUUCAAUGUUGGGUUGAUAACAAGAACAAGAAGAAGAAAUCACAGCUCUCCUUCAACAGCUCAGGCCGGUUGGUUUCUGGGUUUAGGAGGAAAAAGGCAGCAGAUGCUUCCCGAGAUUGUGAAGGCCGGUGACCCGGUUCUUCACGAGCCGGCCCGAGAAGUCCUGCAAGAAGAAAUCGGGUCGGAUAAGAUCCAGGAGAUUAUUGAUGAUAUGGUGAUGGUGAUGAGAAAAGCACCUGGUGUUGGUCUUGCUGCUCCCCAGAUUGGUGUCCCCUUGAAGAUAAUUGUUUUGGAAGAUACAAAAGAAUAUAUCAGCUAUGCUCCAAAGGAAGAAACUAAAGCACAAGACCGACGUCCUUUUGAUCUUCUGGUUAUUGUAAACCCAAAGCUUCAAAAGAAGAGCAACAAAAGUGCAUUAUUUUUUGAAGGGUGCCUAAGUGUUGAUGGAUUCAGAGCAAUGGUGGAACGAUACCUUGAAGUUGAGGUAACGGGUUUGGGUCGUGAUGGCCAGCCAAUCAAGGUUGAUGCUUCAGGCUGGCAGGCCCGCAUUUUACAGCACGAAUGUGAUCAUUUGGAUGGAACUCUCUACGUUGACAAGAUGGUCCCAAGAACAUUUAGGACCGUAAAGAACCUCGACUUACCUCUUCCAAUUGGGUCCCCCAAGCUGGGCGUUCUUUAGCAGUCGUUCAUUUUCGACAGAAUUUUUUGGGUGAAUUAUUUUCGACAGAAUGUUGCUUCUGAUGAAACAAUAUCAAACUUCAGUGUUUAAUUUAGACCAUGUACUAUGACAUCCCAAUAUCGUUUGUGUUCCUUUUGUAAUCCAGAUAUAUAGAUAAAAAGUUCCAAGACUGUCUUGUGCCAA